AUGGCCCUGAACAGUACCAUAGCCUUGCUGAUAUUGACCUCGAGCCACGUUAUCCCAAGCAGCAAUGGAGCAACGAACCACUCUCACCCGCAAAUGGUCAACAGCUCUUUGCUAAUCGAAAUCGUCAGAAGUUUACAUAAUUUAAACGAUUUCAAUAAUUUCGUGUUUUUCAUCUCGGAUCGAUUGACCAAGGACACGCAUACGGCUGCCGAGUUUUUCCACGAUUUUUGGCAUGUCUUUCCCACGAUACCGAUAACCAUAAAGGUGGAUAAUACCGAAAAUAUGGACGGAUUUCUAAGUAUACCCUCACUGUGUUUGGUCCUGACCACCGCGCCCAAUGAUCCCAUAAUGCGAGUGGCAUCGAUUGGCCUAAAGGGUUUGCGUUAUGUAAGGACUCUCUUUAUUCUAUUUCCCUUUGCGGGAGAGGAUAGCAACGAGGAGCUCUACGAGACCAUAUGUCAAAUAUAUCACUGGGUGUGGAGAAAACAAUUCAUUAACACGGCCCUGCUAACGAUACGUAAUGGAAUAUUCAUACACGACCCCUACCCUGAGCCAAGCAUUGCGAAUUUAACCCACAACUGGACAGCGGAACAAUUCUUCGUUACCUCCAAUAUGGAUUUUAAGGGCUAUGAAAUACGCACACCCAUACACCAUGAUUUGCCCCGCGUAUUCUACAUGACCAAGCCGCGACGUUUCAUUACCAAGAACCACUUCGUGAGUGGGGUGUCGGGAAAGCUGUUCACCUCUUUUGUGGAAUUUAUCAAUGCCACCUUCAAUGAGACCACAACCAAUGAGCUGGGCACUCAGCCGGUAAAUUUGAGUGACAUCAUACGCAAGGUGGGUGGCAAGCGUUUGGAAAUCAGCCUACAUUCCUACACCGAUAUGCUACCCAAGAAAAGUGGCACCAGCUAUCCCAUUGGCAUCAAUGACUGGUGCAUAAUGGUACCCUAUCACAAUCGCACACCCGACCAUCGUUUCAUUAAAUCCAGUUUUCGAACAUAUGCCUGGUAUUUGGUUAUCUUCAGCAUUGCUUACAUAACCCUGGGAAUUUGGUUUUGUACUCCAACGCCCCAGCGCGACUUAAGCCUGUCAUUUAUACAAGCCAUAUGCUCGCUGCUGCUAAUACCCCCCUUACGGGUACUCACCUUACCCUGCUGUCGCAUGCGUUUUAUUUUUAUCAUUCUCUUUGUGCUCGGUUUCAUCACCACCAACUGGUAUGUCAGUAAAAUGGCCAGCUUCCUGACGGCCUCCAAGGAGCCACAACAAAUCAAUACCAUCGCAGAUGUCAUCGCCGCCAAACUGCCCAUUAUGAUAAUGUCCUAUGAGUAUCAGGUGCUCAAGGAUUACAAUUUCCCCCAAGCAUUUAUGGAUCUGAUCAUUAAUGCCACCAAACCCCAAAUGGAUAUGCAUAGGGAUCGCUUGAACACCACCUAUGGCUAUAGCACCCAAACUGAUCGUUGGAAUUUCAUCAAUAUACAGCAGCGCUAUCUGCGCAAACCCAUAUUCCGCCUUUCGGAUAUUUGCAUUGGACCCUAUUAUCACAUAUAUCCCAUACAGAAAGAUUCUCACUUGGCCCGCCCGCUGCAGACCUUUAUUUUGCUGGCCUCCGAUGUGGGUCUCAUCGAUCACUGGGAAAAUGAGGCAUUUGCUGAUGCCCUGCACUUGGGCUAUGUCCACAUGAUGACCGUGGAUGAAAUAUUACCGCCUCUGUCGUUAAGUUUUUUCCGUUCCAUUUGGCUCCUAUGGGCCAUGGGUGUGCUGUUAAGUAUUGCCGUAUUUGCUUUUGAAUUUCAGGGCCAGGCCACAUGUCGAAAGUUACGGGAGUUUUGUAAGCUACAUGCCACAAAAUUUUGCAAUAAAUUUAACGGAACUUAG